CCCAGGUUAGCUGGUGCUAACUGAGCCCGCGGAUGCCGCAGCGUUGGGGAGCCAGCUCCCGAAGCUCGCAGGUCCUCCCUGACUCCGGGGCUUUUCUUUGGGCGGCUCAGUGUCAACUCACCCUGGUCCGGGGGGGACCCCAGAGGUGCUCAGCCUAAGCCCAGUGUCUCGGCUUUGGAGCUCGGGAAGAGAAAGCCGAGCUCCGGCAGGUGAAGCCGCGGUGGGUGAGCUGUGUCCCGGCCGCCUGCGCAUCCCACCCUCACCAGCAUUGGAGGAGCAUCUUCCUCCAGCGCAAGGCACGUGGGAGAGUGGGAACCCCUGCCAGGAAGGGACGACCAGGAACCGAGGAUGGGCACCAAUACCUGGCGCCUGGGCGGGCGCUGUCUUCUUCUCCUGGCUCUUCUUGGAUCUACCCGGAGCGAGGGUGUGGAGAGCUGCGAAGAAGUUCGGAAACUUUUCCAGUGGCGUCUCGGGGGAGCUGUUAAGGGGCUGAUCGAUGCACCGCGGGCAGGAUCUGAUCUUCAGGUUUGCACAUCCAAAAAACCAACAUGUUGCACCAGGAAGAUGGAGGAGAGAUACCAAAUUGCAGCUCGCCAAGAUUUGCAGCAGGCUCUUCAGACCUCCAGUUCUACAUUAAAAUUGCUGAUAUCUCGAAAUGCAGCUGCUUUUCAAGAGACCCUGGAAACCCUCAUCAGACAAGCAGAAAAUUACACCAGUAUCCUUUUCUGCAACACCUACAGGAACAUGGCCUUGGAGGCUGCUGCUUCCAUUCAGGAGUUUUUCACUGACGUAGGACUCUAUUUAUUUGGUGCAGAUGUCAAUCCUGAAGAAUUUGUAAACAGAUUUUUUGACAGUCUUUUUCCUCUGGUCUACCACCAUCUCAUUAACCCUGGUGUGACUGAUAGUUCCCUGCAAUACUCAGAAUGUAUCCGCAUGGCUCGUCAGGAUGUUAGUCCAUUUGGCAAUAUUCCUAAAAGAGUAAUGGGCCAGAUGGGGAGGUCACUGCUGCCCAGCCGCACAUUUCUUCAAGCACUCAAUCUGGGCAUUGAAGUCAUCAACACCACAGACCAUUUGCACUUCUCCAAAGAGUGCAGCAGAGCCCUCUUGAAGAUGCAGUACUGUCCUCACUGCCAGGGCCUGACUCUCAGUAAGCCCUGCAUGGGGUACUGCCUUAAUGUUGUCAGGGGCUGCCUGGCCCACAUGACAGAGCUCAAUCCACACUGGCAUGCAUAUAUUCGGUCCUUGGAAGAGUUGUCAGAUGCAAUGCAUAGAACCUAUGAUGUUGAACACGUGCUCCUGAACUUCCACUUGCUGGUUAAUGAUGCUGUGCUCCAAGCUCAUCUCAAUGGACAGAAGUUACUGGAACAGGUGAAUAAGAUUUGUGGCCAUCCAGUGAGAAUACCCACACAAAGCCCUCGUUGUACCUUUGAUCCAAGCCAAGAAAAGCAUGGAAUGAAGAUGUCUGCAAGGAACGGUGAAGAAACGCUUGCCAACAGAAGAAAAGUAUUCAUCAACAGCCUUCGACUGUACAGGUCCUUCUAUGGUGGCUUAGCUGAUCAACUUUGCAUUAAUGAAUUAGCCGCUGCGGAUGGACAGCCCUGCUGGGAUGGGGAGGAUGUAGUGAAAAGCAAAUUCUUGGUUUAGUUGUUAAAAGAAUGCGAAAUCGGACUCAGAAGUGAUCUUAA